GUCACUCUGUCGAGCUUGAAAAAUAUACUUGUAAUGCCUUCUAUUUGAUUUCGCGCGAAACAGGCGCAGUUCCUCCCGCCAGAGUCAGAGAGAGCGAGAGACAGCCGUGGACUAACUGCAGAACAACAGCUAAGAGAACUCGUACCAGAAUGGGAAUUCACGGGCUUGCCAAGCUGAUUGCUGACCAAUCUCCUGGUGCCAUUAAAGAACAGGAUAUUAAGAACUACUUUGGCAGGAAAAUAGCUAUUGAUGCCUCCAUGUGCAUCUACCAGUUCCUGAUUGCUGUGCGACAGGAUGGAAAUGUUCUGCAGAAUGAAGAUGGAGAGACAACAAGUCAUCUUAUGGGAAUGUUCUACCGAACCAUCCGUAUGCUGGAACAUGGCAUCAAACCUGUGUAUGUGUUUGAUGGCAAACCACCACAGCUUAAGUCAGCAGAGCUGGAGAAGAGAGGAGAGAGGAGGGCAGAGGCUGAAAAGCAGCUCGCUCAAGCUCAGGAAAUGGGGGAACAGGAGAACAUUGACAAAUUUAGCAAGCGUCUCGUGAAAGUCACCAGACACCACAAUGAUGAGUGCAAGAAGCUGCUGACCCUGAUGGGAGUGCCUUACAUUGAGGCUCCGUGUGAGGCAGAGGCCAGCUGUGCUGCUCUGGUCAAAGCUGGCAAGGUCUUUGCCACAGCAACAGAGGACAUGGACGGACUGACGUUUGGGACAAACAUUCUGCUCAGACACCUGACGGCCAGUGAAGCCAAGAAACUGCCUAUCCAAGAAUUCCACUUCAGUCGUGUCCUGCAGGACAUCGGUCUGACCAAAGAACAGUUCAUUGACCUCUGCAUCCUGCUGGGCUGCGACUACUGCGGAACCAUAAGGGGCAUUGGUCCAAAGAGAGCAAUCGACCUAAUCCGACAGCACGGCAGCAUCGAGGAGAUCCUGGAAAACAUUGACCUGAACAAACACCCAGUUCCAGAGGACUGGCUGUACAGAGAGGCCAGGGGUUUGUUCUUAGAGCCAGAGGUGGUGGACUGUUCCACGUUGGAGCUGAAGUGGACAGAACCAGACGAGGAGGCACUGAUACAGUUCAUGUGUAACGAAAAACAGUUCAGUGAGGACAGGAUUCGAAACGGUUGCAAGAAGAUGGUAAAGAGUCGGCAGGGCAGCACACAGGGACGACUAGACUCUUUCUUCUCCGUCACCGGAUCCCUGUCCUCAAAACGCAAGGAGCCUGAGGUCAAGGGGUCGGCAAAGAAAAAGCAGAAGACUGGACCCACACCGAGCAAGUUUAAGAAAGUUAGAUAGAUAUGGAGUGGGAAGCUGUUGAAUAAAUCUAAUAAAUAAUGAAUAACCCAAAUAUUGAGCGUCUGUGAAGGCAGGAGGAAGCUCGAGAAUUGUUUUUACUUUUACUUCAGGAGAAAUGUCACACGAUGAAACAGGGUGGCAAAAGUACAGUUUUUAAUGUGUUUAAGGUGUGUUUUGUUCUAUGAAAUAAAGUUAAGAUUUUUUUUACUAAAA